AUGAAGAGGUUAUUUGUGCUCGUGCUGUCUCUCACCUUACUGAUUUUCUUCUCAGAGGCCUCUCCGAUUCUGACGGAAAAGCAGGCCAAACAGGUCCUGAGAUCCCGGCGCCAGGACAGGCCGAGCAAACCCGGGUUUCCUGAUGAGCCCAUGAGGGAGUACAUGCACCAUCUGCUCCGCCUGGAACGCCGUGCUGAGGAGCAGUUCCUGGAGCACUGGCUGAACCCUCACUGCAAGCCCCACUGCGACAGGAAUGUGGUCCAUCCUGUGUAA